AUGUUCUCUGCAUUCAAGACCCUGACCGGGCAAACUGUGACAAUCGAGUUGAAAAAUGACUUGGCUAUCCAGGGUACGCUGAAGAGUGUGGAUCAGUUCUUGAACUUCAAAUUGGAUGACAUCAAGGUGCUCGAUGAAGCUCGCUACCCACACAUGAUGGCUGUCAAGUCAACCUUUAUCCGUGGUUCCGUGGUCCGUUGCGUCCAUAUUCCUGCCGCUGCGGUUGAUACCCAACUCCUUGAAGACGCAACACGUCGAGAAGCUGAAUCGCAAGCGAAGCGCUAA